AAAGCGCUCGAUCGCCACGAUGCCUGUUGGAGUUUCGUGGCUGCGGUAUCUCUCAUUCACCGGGGCCUCGCUCGUAUCGAUGAUGGCCGGCGCACAGUGCGUCCACAUGUUCUACAAGCCCUUGGACAACUUGGACGAGCUCGUGGAACAGAGCCUGAAGGAGCGACUAAAGGUGCAACGGGAGAUGGAGAAAAGAUCGUAGAAGAGGUUAUAGCUUGUACCCGAUAAUAAAUUAUUAUUCCACCGGA